AUGGUGAAGGAAACAACCGGACUCUCUCGGUGGAAGGAACAACUCUUUACCAAGGAUGAUCCCUUGCACCUCCACAAGACGCUCGGAUUCGCCUGUUUGCUCUCCUACGCCUUUCGUUUUGCGCGGGCGGGCGCCGAACAAGACAUGGGCUUUGCCACCCACCCAGAGUGGACGAUUCCCACCAUUCUCUUGCAUUUGUCGCUCAAUUUGAGCAGCUUGGAGUUCAAGAUUCCCACCCAACGCAUCACGACCGACGGCGGACGCAUCUGGCCGCAGUAUCGUCUCCAUUCGCUCGUCUUUUUGUCUCGCUCGCUCGCGUGUCUGGUGGCGAAUCACUGGCGUCGACAACAAACUGAUAGUGACAAAUCCAUUCUUCACUUGUGGAUUGUCCUUGGUACCAUGGCGGCCGGUGACUGGGCUUCGAACUCGGUCGGCAAGCAUCGUUCCAACUCGAUUCGAGAUUUGAAGGGACCCGUGUUGGUCAAGUACUACUUUUCGCUCACGCAGUUUCUGGCCACAGCCAUGACGCUCGUGUUGGGCUGGAAACCACGCAGUUCGGUCCAUUUCUACUUUUGUUUUGUCAUUCAAUUGACCGCCUUUCUCAUGACGCUCCGCCGCAAGCAUCUCGUGUCGCACGGCAUCAACAUUGUCUUGUACGCCCUUUUGCUCGGUGUUGGCAUUGCGGUCGCGAUGAACGAAUGCCGCAUUCUCUAUCCGGACUCCCUCUUGACCUUUCUCGAGAUUGUCGCCUUGGUGGGCUUCACCGCGGCACUCUGGCGCAUGGGACCGUGGCCCAACAUUGUGCGACCCAUCAUCAACAACAAGUACAUGAUUUGGACGGCCGUGUACUUUUUUUCGGGAAACUACUUGCGACCCGUACUGGAUGCUGCGGAUGGAGACGCGGAAGCGUUUUUCUUGACCAAAUCUCAAGUGAAAGGCUUGGCGUGGGGAGAAGUUGGAGUAGUGAUUCUCUUUGGCGUGUACAAGUACUUUGGGUCCGAGAUUCAGAUUUCGGCAACCCUGUCAACAAAAGACUAG